AUGGAUACCAGGCUGUACAACAACAGAUGGCAUGACACGCCAUGGCCAUGCUUUAAAUAUGUAGGUGGGGCAGCAAGCACGAUGGAGAAAUUUCAGUCAAUGUACACACACAGCUGCUGCCACAAGACUGGCCGUGGGAGGGGGCUCAAUGACGACUUGGAGCCUACGAGCACCAAGAGAGGAGAUGCAAUGUGCAGAAACCCUGGCUAA